AUGCCUUCAAAAAAGACCACUUCAGAAGAAAAUCUUUCUCAGCAACAAGUUUUAAUCAGCGUUGACCGAGAUGAAAGUUUGACGUCAAAAGAUAAUGAUGUAUCAUCAAAACUUUCUUCUGCUGGACAGAUUGUAGAAAAGAAUGUGACCCUUACAAAUAGCAUAAAUAAUGCGAUAGAUAAGGAUAAGAAUAUUACAAUAGGGCAGGAUACCCGUAAUAAAAUUCGUAGUAAUGAAGAGAAAUCCUCGGUAAAAACCGCGUCUCGUUCCAAAUCAAUUAAUAAUCAAAAUUUAAAUAAGUCGAAUUCAACUUCGGCGCAUACAAAACAAGCUAACUCUACAAAAGAAAAGCAAAAACCUAGUCCAAUUAUUACUGCUAUUCGUACAAAAACUGAAACUGAAAAGAAAAAAGUUACAUCUACUCCUAAAGUUAAGAAUAUAAAUUCUCGAAAACAAAAUAAAGAGGAUAUCAUUGAUGAUGAUUCCUCUGAAAAUGAUCGUUCUUUAAAUAAAAAACGUUCGGUUCCACCAAAAUUGAACCUUACGUUCAAAAAUCGUCCAAUUGAUCCACCAAAACAGUCUCCUUUGAGGUCUACCGUUACUUCUGAAUCAUCGACACAACCACCAAUUGUAUCUCCUAAAAUAAUGGAAUUACGUCGUUCAGAACCUUUUGCUUCAAAGCCUACUAAUAAUACGGAUGAGGAUAAUAAUCUUUCUGUUACUGCAAAUCCUAAAAAAAAACCUACAAAGCAACCUACAUUCUCUUCUAAAGUCCGCCGUGGCUCUACUGUAAGGACACAAGCAAAAAAGACUACAUCCGCUUUGGGCGUCUUACCUAAAGGUGAACUUAAUCAAGAAUUACUUGCAAGAUUGGAAGAACAAAAUUCUCAAUUACCUCCACAGGAUUCUACUGAAUUUCUUCUUGCCCGUCUUGAACGUCAAAAUGAAAUGUUGGAUAACGAUCCUAAAUCAGUGUGCAUUAAAUCCAAUGUACUUCAAGCCAAUUUAGAAACAGUUCAAUCUCUUAUCAAUAAUAAUACAAAUUUGACAGUAAAUGAAUCAUCAAAUGUAACAAUUCCUGUUUUCAAAGAUGGAGACCUUUCUGAUAUUGUUGAUAUGGAUUUUUGGUCAGCAUUAAUUCAAGAUUAUACUUCAGUAGCUGCAAAAACUCCUCAUCUUCUUACUGCAAAAUUACAACAAGGUUUACCUCCAAAAUUGAGAGGGUUGAUUUGGCAAUCGAUGUGCCAAGCUUCUUCAACUUAUCUCGAAACUAUGUAUUCACAACUUUUAACAGAAUCCACACCUUAUGAUAAAAUUAUUCAACGAGAUUUAGCUAGAACAUUUCCUUCUAUAGAAAUGUUUAAAGAAGAAAAUGGUGAAGGACAAACUAUGCUUUGGAAUGUAUUAAAGGCUUAUAGUCUUUAUGAUCCUUUGGUAGGAUACUGUCAAGGUCUCGGAUUUUUGGUCGGACCAUUGUUAAUGAAUACAUAUGAUAUGCGAACAAUGUUUACACUUAACAUGGAAGGACUUCAACUUAGACAUUACCAAUUUACUGCUCUUCUCUCACAAAUUCUUCCAGAUCUUCAUGCACAUUUCCUUGAAUUCGGAGUUAAUGUAGCCAUGUUUGCUUCUCAAUGGUUCUUGUCACUUUUUGCUUAUACAUAUCCUUUACCACUUGUCUUAAGAAUUUAUGAUAUCGUAUUUGCUGAAGGUGCACCAGAAACCAUCAUGCGUGUUGCAGUUGCUUUAUUACAAAAGAAUGAAGCAAAAUUACUUGAACUUGAAGAAUUUGAAGAUUUAUUAGAUUUUCUUACAUCAAGCCUUUAUGAGUCAUAUAAUAAUGAACCUACUGGGCUAAUAAAUGAUGCCAUGGCUUUAAGUUCAGUAAUUACAAAAGCAAAAUUGGAUCAACUCUCAGAAAUUUAUGUUAAAGAAUUGGAAGAUAAAAAGAAGAGAGCAGAUGAAUUAGUUGCUGUUAGGUUCAACGGAAGAUUUGGUAGAAAUAAAAAGGAAAAGAAGAGCCGUGAAAAACGGGAUAAAACUAAGCGCUGGACAUUCGGCGCUAUUCCAAGUUCUAAGGAUUCAAAGGAUUCUUCUAGUACAUCUAGUGACUUAUCUACAUCGGAUAAUGAAUCGCAAGUUCAAACACCGACAUCUUCACCGAAUAGUACAAAUGUUAGAGUUUUACACCAGCAAAUAGAAGAUCUCGCUACAGCAUUAUCACUUCUUCAAAAAGAACAUGUAGAUGUUACCGAACAAUUAGUUACUAUUAAAAUGGAAAAGAUGGACUUUGUAACAGAAAUUGAAACGUUAAAAUCGAAAUUAAGAAGUUUAGAAAAAGAAAAUAAACGAAUGUCAACCGAUUCAAUAUAUUCUAUUGAAUCAUCAACUACUUUAAACGAUGAAAAUUCAUAUUCUGGACGAACCACUAGAAUAUCAUCACCAGUAACACCUACUUUAUCGAAGACAGAACUUUUACACGAAAAUUUAAAAAACAAAAUUUCACAAACCGAACAUCUUUCCGAUUCUACAGAUAAUUUAACGAAAGAAUUUAAGAAAGUUUUUAUGAAUGAAACUACAAUGGCUGAAGAGAUUGAACGAGUAAAAGAGGAAAAAUGGGAAUUAAUUCAAGAAAAUAUAGAAUUAGUUAAACGUGUUGAGGAAUUAGAAAUUACAUUGGAAACUUCUACAUUAACACAAAGUCAAUUAUUAGAUAAAAAUAUCUUUUUACGAGAAGAAAUAGAAAGACUUGAUGAAGAAGCUACACAAGCAUUAUAUGAACAAAGUACAAUGGAAAAUGAUGUAAAAGAGGUGAAAAUUUUGAGAUCCGAGAAUGCAAAACUCAUUACAGAAAAUGAAAGAUUUAAGAAACAAAUUGAAAAUUUACGACAAGGAAAUAAUUCCAAUGAAACACGUGAAAAUCGAGAAAUUCAUGAAGUUCGUGAAAAUCGAGAAAUUUCUAAUAAAUCAACAAAUGCACGACGAGUUUCAUUCUUGAGUUUCUUUGGUACCGAUACAAAUCCUAAAUAUAAUUCAAAGAGAAGAAAUACAGAUCCAUUUUCAGAUUUCCAACCUUCAGAAUGCAUAGGUGAAUGUGCAUCGAAAAAACGAGCUGAUAACGCGGAACAAAUGUUAAAUCAAGUUAAAGCAUUACUUGAGCAAAGCGAAGCAGCUAGGGAAACCAUGAGUAUACAACUAGAGGAACUAAAUAAUUUGAUAAAUGGAUUCAGUGACAUUUCAGAUAUUGUACCUUUUGAACCAGAGGAAGUAGAUUCCAAACCAAAUCGGGGAAAACGAUUUUCAACAUUAUCAUUAGCAUCUUUUUUCGCAUAA